AUGGCGACUAAAAUGGUUGGGUCUGCGACUAAUCCGAUGAAGGCAGAGGCAUCUAGUUUGGUUGGGAAGCUUGAGACGGAUGUUGAAAUCAGAGCUUCAGCUGGGAAGUUCCAUCAUAUGUUUUCUGGGAGACCACACCAUGUCUCCAAAGCAAGUCCAGGCAACAUAAAGAGUUAUGGGGAGGCAAAGGUGGCGAAAGAGAGGAUCGAGGCGGUGGAGCCGGAGAAGAACCUGAUCACUUUUAGGGUGAUAGAGGGAGAUCUGUUAAAAGAGUAUAAGAGCUUUGUGAUCACGAUCCAAGUGACCCCUAAGCAAGGAGGACCAGGAAGUGUGGUUCACUGGCAUGUCGAGUAUGAGAAAAUUGACCAUAAAGUGGCUCACCCUGAAACCUUCAUUGAGUUCUGUGUUCAAGUUUCCAAAGAGAUCGAUGAACAUCUCCUGAACGAGGAAUAG